AUUUUAUUUUAUUUCAUGAUGGAUCAAGGAACAACAGACAACGAUCUCUUAUUAGCAGCCUGUAGAAAUGAUCAAGACGAGAUGCUUCAAGACAUCUUGAAAGAACAAGAUUAUGAUAUUAACUAUGCAGAUCCUUUAGGAGAUACAGCCCUUCAUUACGCAGCGCGUUUUGGCUCCCUUACAUGCCUUGAACUUUUACUUGAACAGCCUGGUAUUCAAGUGAAUGCACGUAAUAAAAAAGAAGGCAAUACACCACUUCAUUUAGCAGUUCAAUACGAAGAUGAUCCAGAAGUAGCUGUAGCCAUGGUCAGUGCCUUAUUAGAUAAAGGAGCAGAUCCACGUCUCAAGAAUAAGGCCAAUAGUUCUGCAGCUGAUUAUGUUGUGGGUCGACAGGAUGACAUGCGCGACUUGAUUGAUCAAAGUAUGGCAGGGUAUGAUAUGAGUGACUCUGAUGAAGAAGACAUGCAAGUCAUCUUUAAAUAAAUAAAACAAGCUUUAUUU